GUCCCGCCUAAGUAUUCAGACAGCUGCGCUUCGCUGCCGUACAAUUAGAAGAUCUGGGAAUUUAGAAACACUCCUUCAAUCUUAAUAUUUUUUAUUGAUAGCACAUCAGAGAAAAUGAGAGAAAUCGUGCACAUUCAGGCUGGCCAGUGUGGUAAUCAGAUCGGUGCUAAGUUCUGGGAGGUGAUCAGUGAUGAGCAUGGAAUUGACCCCACUGGUACCUACCAUGGUGACAGUGACCUGCAGCUGGACAGGAUCAGUGUGUACUACAACGAGGCCACAGGAGGCAAGUAUGUGCCCAGAGCCAUUCUGGUGGACUUGGAACCUGGUACCAUGGACUCUGUGAGGUCAGGACCAUUUGGCCAGAUCUUCAGACCAGAUAACUUUGUGUUUGGUCAGAGUGGGGCUGGCAACAACUGGGCAAAGGGUCACUACACGGAGGGGGCCGAGCUGGUCGACUCUGUCUUGGACGUGGUCCGUAAAGAGGCAGAGAGCUGUGACUGCCUCCAGGGCUUCCAGCUGACACACUCCCUGGGCGGGGGCACUGGAUCAGGUAUGGGUACCCUGCUGAUUAGCAAGAUCCGCGAGGAGUACCCCGACCGCAUCAUGAACACCUUCAGUGUGGUGCCCUCCCCCAAGGUGUCAGACACUGUGGUGGAGCCCUACAACGCCACGCUGUCUGUGCACCAGCUUGUGGAGAACACUGAUGAAACAUACUGUAUUGAUAACGAGGCCCUCUACGACAUCUGCUUCCGCACUCUGAAGUUGACCACACCCACCUAUGGCGAUCUCAACCACCUAGUGUCAGCCACCAUGAGCGGUGUCACCACCUGCCUGCGUUUCCCUGGUCAGCUCAACGCCGACCUCCGCAAACUGGCUGUCAACAUGGUACCCUUCCCACGCUUGCACUUCUUCAUGCCUGGGUUUGCCCCACUCACCAGCCGAGGAAGCCAGCAGUACCGUGCCCUCACAGUGCCUGAGCUCACGCAGCAAGUCUUUGAUGCUAAGAAUAUGAUGGCCGCUUGUGACCCGCGACAUGGGCGCUACCUGACAGUAGCGGCUGUCUUCAGGGGUAGGAUGUCCAUGAAGGAGGUUGAUGAGCAGAUGCUUAAUGUGCAGAACAAGAACAGCAGCUACUUUGUCGAAUGGAUCCCUAACAAUGUCAAGACUGCCGUGUGUGACAUCCCACCCAGGGGCCUCAAAAUGGCUGUCACCUUCAUUGGCAACAGCACAGCCAUCCAAGAGCUCUUCAAGCGCAUCUCCGAGCAGUUCACUGCCAUGUUCCGACGCAAGGCCUUCUUGCACUGGUACACCGGCGAGGGCAUGGAUGAGAUGGAGUUCACUGAGGCUGAGAGCAACAUGAACGACUUGGUCUCAGAGUACCAGCAGUACCAGGAUGCCACAGCUGAGGAAGAGGGGGAGUUUGAGGAAGAGGCUGAGGAAGAUGCUUAAGGGCAAAGAUUCAGUAGCAAUUAGGUAGCUGUGGGAGGGAAAAUGGGAUGGGGGCAGAUUUCCAAAUUACAAUUGAGGCAAAAGAAUAAGAACACAGAAGAAGGGGCUGAGAGAAGCAAGUGAAAUGAAGAGCUAAAAGUAUGACAGCAAAUUUGGAGAGUUCACGAAAGAAGGAAAAGCAUCACAAUCUCUAAACAGAAAGGCAGGAAAGAUGAGACCUACAUGAGACAAAAGCGGAACAAAAGAAGCUGAACAAGACACAGGAUCCAGAAGACAACUUCAGAUGUGAGGGGAGGAGAAAAUAAUAGGCUUGCAGAAAACCAUCUGAAGUGUUCAGCACAUCCAGUCCAGAAACAAAGAUCAGGCCACAUCAUUGGUUCCAUGCGUUUGUUCUUUGGUUCCUGCUGUCUACUGAAAUUCUGACAGUGAUGGGGGCGGUUAGGGACCAGCCACUAAACUAGGUAGUAAGUCGAGUGGCAACAGUACUACAACCAGCUUGUCAAGGUAGUCACAAGAAUCAGAGAACAAAUGCUUGGAGACACUGAGAUCACUGAAAGUCACAUGAAAGUAAACCAAGUAUUGGAUGAUUUUUGGAUGGUUAUAUGAGGCGGAAUCAUCAAAAAGAAUGAAAGAGAAGGAUUUUUGUUUUAUAUUUAUUUAUUACCUUUCAUUUAGUAUUUUAAAAUUUUUAUAUCUUGUGACCAAGCUUCGCCCAGCCCAAUGUUGAUCUCAGUGACCAUCAACAGAAUAUCUUAUCACAUCAUUUCUUGAUUUGGAAUGAGAUGAGAUUUUGGGUUUUGUAAACGAUUGCUCAGUAUGAGAGUUUUUUGGCUUGAAUUAUUCAUGUCCCAGAUUGAUAGCACUCAAUGAACAUAAUGGAAUGAGUGGAUUACCCAAACUACAAAAGCAAAUGCCUAGUAGUGGUAUGUCACUGUGCACAUGUACAUACUUUUGGACUGAGAGACAUGAAGUAAUUUUAGCUCUGUCUGUUCAAACAAUAAACCUCACUCGAACGCCAGCCAACGUCUCGGGUGGGGGUAGGCGGGCAGAAGAUAUGCAUGUAACACCAAAGACACAAAAUGUCACAGAAAAUACUCCAGUCAGGUGGACAUGUGCAUUGUACAUGCAGGAAGUAUUUGUGUGGAAGGUAUGUUUGCUAGAGGACUUCAAUAAAAAUGGAUGACAACUUGUAGUAAUGGAAUCUCUUGAAAGGUCUCAAAAAGGUUUGCAUAGGUAAUCAUGAUUAAGCUUUAUGUUGUUUUAUUUCCAUUUUGUUUAUCAGUUAUUAAAGAGACGCUUAAAACUUCCUUUUUGGUUGUAUUGUUUUUUAGUUUAUUCUUAAUAUUUGAUGCUAUCUAUUUUCUAUUUCCCUUUUUAUGUCUUGAAAAGAAAGGAGCCUCUGUGGGGAAAAUAAAAGGCAUUUUUAUAAAAUAAAA